AAUCGCAUCGAAUUGAGUUUGAGCUUUUUGGGUUUUGGUGCUAUAGGGAAUUGGUCGGAGAGGAGAGUGAUGGAUUUCUCUUCGUUGAGAGCUACGUUGGAUUCGAAGUCGUACGACAAAGUAGCGGAUGUAUGCGAUAACCUAAUGCUUCAGGUUGCUGCUGAUGGCAUUGCUUACCAGGACGAUUGGCCCUACGCCAUUCACCUCCUCGCGCACUUUUAUGUUCACGACAUCAACAGUGCACGCUUUCUUUGGAAAUCAAUACCUUCGUCAAUCAAAGAAAGCCAGCCUGAAGUCACCGCGGUUUGGAAAAUCUGUCAGAAGCUUUGGUUACGUGACUAUGGAGGAGUGCACGAGGCAAUCCGUGGCUUUGAUUGGAGUCAGGAUGUCCAAGGCCUAGUUGCUGCAUUUUCAGAACUUUACACAAAGGAGAUGUUCCAGCUGCUUCUCUCUGCUUAUUCAACAAUAAGUAUUAAAGACACUGCUUUAUUUCUGGGAAUGAAUGAGGAUGAUGCUACAAAUUAUGUACUACAGCAAGGCUGGACUGUCGACCCUGCUUCUCAGAUGCUUAUUGUAAAGAAGCAACCUGUUGUGACUGAGCAGAAACUUGAUCAUAGUAAAUUGCAGCGAUUGACGGAAUAUGUCUUCCAUCUUGAGCAUUGAGGCUUUUAGUUAUGAAGAAUUAGAUGUUUCAAUUUAUAUGAAAUUCUUCUCAAAUUGAUCAAUCAAACAUUCUAUGUUCUUGAAAGUGGAUGUAUACUGUUGAUAAUUUUGUAGCCAACCUGUUUGUGUUUGCACUUUAGCACUGAUUGGUGAAAUUCACGUCCCACUUGGUAGCUGUUUGACAAGUCUCUCAGUAUCUCUUAUAUGACAGUGGAAUGGUUACAACUUUGCAUAUUGGACUUGUUUUGGGAAGAAAUGUCCGUCUGUAUAUUCUGAGUAUACAAAAUAUACAGUGUACUGAAUGUAUACUGUAUAAUUUGUUAAGGUGUUGUUACUUAUUUCUUGAAUCUAAUUCUGUUUGGAUGGUACUUUGAUUUUCAAGUUAAUUUUUUUCUCUUGUUUUUUUGG